AUGUCAGAUACAGAUGGAGGGGAACGUUGUUCUGCUUUAAUACCAUAUAUGAAACCUGUGAUACUGAGCGAAUUCUCUAGUGAUCAAAGAAACGUAACAAUCGGUGAACGAACGUUUCGAUUACGUCAAGAUUGGCAACAAAAUGGUAUCUCUGGAGUGAUUUGGGAUUCGAGCAUUGCCUUGGCUCGGUAUAUCUCGAAACAUCCAGAAUUGGUAGCUAAUCACACGGUAUUGGAACUCGGUGCCGGAUUGGGUUUACCAAGUAUCAUUUCAAGCUAUCAAGAUGUUAAGCUUAUCCAUGUGACGGAACGAGUAAGUGCUGUAAGUCUACUGGAAGAGAAUGUUCGUCAGAAUGCAAACAACGAUUGUAAUAUAAAAAUUUUCGCUUUUGAUUGGAAUGUUGACCAACUGCAGCAAAAAUAUCAGGUUAUUCUAGGAGCCGAUCUCAUCUACAGUGGCAUUAAGUUUGAACCGCUAGUGAAAUUAUUUCGGGAUGUUAGUGAUCACGAUACAGUGAUAUAUCUGUGCAGUAAAAUACGUUACCAAAGAGAUCGAGAUUUUUAUAGCAAGCUUCUGCAGGAACAGUUUGAUGUACGCGAAAUUUUCUAUGAAACUGAAUUUGCUAUGUAG